GCCGCGUCCUGCACGACGGACGACGUGAUGGACACGCAGCUGCGCUUCGCCCGGCAGCGCGACGAUGCGAUGCGAGGGACGGGGUCGCAUCACGCCCCGCGCGCCAUCGCGUUCCACAUUCCAGUGACACGCGCCAAGCCGGCGCCGCGACGGGCCAAGCCCAAGCCCUCGCCGUGGGCAGCCCGCCCACCGCCGGUAAAGCGCUCGGUCAAACCAGCAUGGAACGACGACGUGCACGGCGCCGUCCUCUUUGAUCAAUCGCUCGCCAAGAACCAGCUGCUAAAAGACCCCAAGCGGAUACGCGAUAAGGUCCCGGCAGCAACGCCAAAGACGACAAUUCGCAGUGUGUACGCGCAGCCCAAGACGAGCCAGCCGCCAGUGAAGCAAGAGCCCAUCGCGCGUCCUCGACCAGUCACAACAACUCCUAAGGUCAAGACAAAGCCUGCGCUUCAAACACAUUGGUCCCGUCGUCCAACGGCCGCUCCAGCACCGCCGGCCACAGCGCCCGAGCCCGUUUGCACCAUCGUCGCGGCGUCACCAGGUCGAGUCCCGUCGCCGCACGCCGCUGUUCGUUCCUUGGAACCGCUGCAAUUGACGACGCAGCACUCGCAUCCACCGCUGAGCUACAGUCCGAACCCGGUGAUACGUCCGUCGUCGCCGGUGCGGACGAGCUCGAAUCAAGAAGACAAGGACGACGACAUUGCCUAUCGGUCGAUCCCACCGCCCAUCAUCGACGUGCCGUCGCCAACUCCAGUCCAGCGCAAGCUCAUUGUGAGCACUUUUAAAGUGCUCGAUACGAAGCGUCGGGGCGUCCUUCACGCGCGCGAGAUCCACCAGGGGUUGCAGCUGCUCGGUAUCACGUCGACGCUGCGUCAGAUUACCGACUAUCUGUACCUUGUCAACGACGGCCUGGGCGACACCAUCGGGCUCAGUGAAUGGGUCAUCCUCGUCAACACGCUGCAGUCGGCCGAGUGGCUCACGGCCGACAGCCCAUUGCAAAUCGAGCCCUCGGACGCGGGCUCGGCGGCGUCGGCCCACAGCGUUGGGUUAUCCCCUAUCCAGCAGACGCCGUCGCCGUCACCGAUGUACCGGGCGCCGUCGCCAGUCAUUGCAGCGAGACCAGCGUCGCCAUUACCCACGACCUUUCAAGAAGCGUGGUUCAUCGACCAGAUCGAACGCCGCAUCAACGAGAUGUUUUCACGGGCAGAGGCGUCGGUGGCCGUGCGCUGGAACAAUCAACAAACGACCGACGAAGCCCCCGAGACCUUUCUUCGACGCGCGGCGCAUGUCGUCCACGGACUCAAGUCGAGUCUGUACCCGCUGGUGCACCAGGCCGAAGAGACGCUGCGUGCGAUCCAAGGACGCCACGCGACCAGUCUCAGUGUCUUUUUAUCGCCAAAAGACAUGGAAAAAGUCACCACACACGCCGAAGACCUCGUCGAGCUGCUCCUGGAUGACCUCCUCACGGACACGGUCGACGUCCUUGAGCAGCACGAGAAGGUGCAGACCACCGAGAUGUGGCGCCAGAGUGAACUUGAUCAGCUCCAAUCGCUUCUCGACCUGAUCGAGUCGGUCCAAGCCGACGAAGACCGGUUGCUACAUCCUCCGCCAGUUGCCCUAGCAACUGCCGAGAACGUCGUCUCGGACGCUGCAGGAGGCUGCGUCGUGCCGCUUAGCGUCCUCGUAUCGACGACUGUCUCCACCGACGCAUGCAUCACCAGCAGCACAGACCCCAGCGCCGCUCAACACGACACAAUGCUGGAUCCUGGCGAUCGGCCAUCGUUCUUCAAGACGCCGCUGAUACGUGGCAUCUCGACGACGCAUGUUGGUCGCAUGGCAGGUGCACUCGAGCUGCACCGCACAGCGUUUCUGCGAUCGCGCAAGGUGGCCGAAGCCACGCUUCUCGACACGGGGCUGGAGCAGCAUGUCGUGAUUGAGCUGCUUGAAGAAAUGCUCCUCCAUGAUAUGUUGGACGACCUUGCGCUGGAACUCGACAGCUGCUUUGGCAAACUCGGCGAAAAAAUCUUGCGCACCGUGUAAUUCGUGCUCUGUUGCGACGGAAUGAUCGACUGAUCGACUGACUGAUCGACUGACUGAUUGAUCGACUGAUUGAUCGACUGAGUUAUCGACUGAGUAAUCUACUGAUUGACUGACUGAUUGACUGAUUGACGCAUUGGAGGAUUGACUGAUCGAGUGAUUGGUAUUGAAAACGUCACUAGUCUGAACACACCAG